UCAAUCAAAGGCGCUAACUUUCUUGUUUAUCUUCUUUCUUUCUUCUUCUUCUUCUCUGCUUCACCAUAACAAAUCCCUCAAAAUCGGAUAACGUCUCUCAAUGGACGGUGCUCUCUUCCCUCACAAACCUCCAUACCCAAUCCAAUCCAAAAAACCUCCACCAUCUCAAUCCUCUAAUCACUCCGUCAAAUUCAGCUCCGCUACACUCCACUUACCUCCUCCUUCUCCUCCUUCUUUUCCUCUCGAUUCGCUCCUCCACCACCUCGUUCACCUCUCUUCCACGCCGCGAAAUGCCAACUCCGCCGCCGCUCGUUUCCCUUCCCUCGAGGUCUCCUCCACGGAAUCGGCUCAUAAAUGGGGCCAUGAGGUGAAAUCGGCGAGACCCGAUUCGAUUCCGGUUCUGGGUAUCGAAAUCGGAAGCGAUGAAGGGAAAUUCGGAGAUGGGUCUUUGAAACUACUGUGCAAGAAGGAAGUUGUGCUGCUCAAUUCCAUUGUGGAGCAGCCUUUGCACGGAUUGAGUGAGUUCUUCGAUUCCGCGAAACCUGAGUUGCUCAGAACCGAUUUGUUUAGUUUGGUCAAGUCUCUGGAUGAUUCGGGAAACUGGGAAAGAGCAGUUUUGUUGUUUGAAUGGUUAGUUUUGGCUUCGAAUUCAGGAGCUUUGAAGCUCGAUCAUCAGGUUAUCGAAAUCGUAGUUAGAAUCUUAGGUAGAGAAUCUCAAUACUCUGUUGCAGCUAAGCUGCUCGAUAAAAUUCCUCUUCAAGAUCAUCUGCUCGAUGUUCGUGCUUACACAACCAUCUUGUAUACUUAUUCACGCACAGGGAAGUAUGAAAGAGCAAUCAGCUUGUUUGAGAGGAUGAAAGAGAUGGGACCUUCACCUACUUUGGUUACUUACAACGUGAUUCUCGAUGUUUUUGGGAAGAUGGGAAGGUCUUGGAGCAAAAUUCUGUUAGUUCUUGACGAGAUGAGAAUCAAAAGGUUGCAGUUUGAUGAAUUUACUUGUAGCACUGUGCUAUCUGCUUGUGCAAGAGAAGGUUUGUUAAGAGAGGCGAAGGAGUUUUUCGCUGAACUUAAGUCAGGCGGCUAUGAACCUGGAACCGUAACUUACAAUGCUUUGUUGCAAGUUUUUGGUAAAGCAGGAGUUUAUACAGAAGCGCUAAAGGUUUUGAAAGAGAUGGAGGAAAACAACUGUCCAGCAGAUUCUGUGACUUACAAUGAGCUUGUUGCCGCUUAUGUUAGAGCUGGUUUUAGCAAGGAAGCUGCAGGUGUCAUUGAGAUGAUGACUCGAAAGGGUGUAAUGCCAAACUCAAUCACUUACACUACAGUAAUAGAUGCUUAUGGAAAGUCGGGAAAGGAGGAAGAGGCUUUGAAGCUGUUUUACAGUAUGAAAAAAGCCGGUUGUGUUCCGAAUACUUGCACCUACAAUGCAGUGCUUAGUAUGUUGGGGAAGAAAUCGAGAUCCAAUGAAAUGAUAAAGAUGUUAUGUGACAUGAAGUCUAAUGGAUGUUCUCCGAAUCGGGUCACUUGGAACACGAUGCUUGCUCUGUGUGGGAAUAAAGGUAUGGAUAAGUAUGUGAACCGGGUGUUCCGUGAAAUGAAGAGCUGCGGUUUUGAACCUGAUAGAGACACAUUUAACACGUUAAUUAGUGCUUUUGGGCGAUGUGGUUCAGAGGUUGAUGCGUCGAAAAUGUUUGGUGAGAUGACAAGAGCGGGCUUCAACGCUUGUGUCACGACUUACAACGCGUUGCUUAAUGCCUUGGCUAGACAAGGGGAUUGGAGAUCGGGAGAGAAUGUGAUUUCCGACAUGAAAAGUAAAGGAUUCAGACCGACCGAAACAUCUUACUCCUUGAUGCUUCAAUGUUAUGCCAAGGGAGGGAACGUUCUAGGGAUAGAGAGAAUCGAGAAGGAGAUAAACGAGGGCCAGAUAUUCCCGAGCUGGAUGCUUCUGAGAACUUUGCUUCUCGCAAACUUCAAAUGCCGAGCACUAGCGGGAAUGGAGAGAGCAUUCACGUUGUUUAAAAAGCACGGAUACAAACCCGACAUGGUGAUUUUCAACUCGAUGCUAUCCAUCUUCACAAGGAACAACAUGUAUGAUCAAGCGCACGAGAUUCUCCAGUCUAUACGCGAGCACGAGCUAAAACCGGAUCUUGUAACCUACAACAGCCUCAUGGACAUGUAUGUAAGAAGAGGAGAGUGUUGGAAAGCCGAAGAAAUCCUCAAGAGUCUAGACAAGUCUCAGUUAAGACCGGACCUGGUCUCUUACAACACGGUGAUCAAAGGUUUCUGCAGAAAAGGGUUGAUGCAAGAAGCGGUUAGGAUGCUGUCUGAGAUGACAGAACGUGGAAUCAGGCCUUGCAUUUUCACUUACAACACGUUUGUUUCGGGUUACACGGCGAUGGGGAUGUUUGAAGAGAUUGAGGAUGUGAUUGAGUGUAUGGCGAAGAAUGAGUGCAGACCAAAUGAGUUGACUUAUAAAAUGGUUGUGGAUGGUUAUUGCAGAGCAGGGAGGUAUAGUGAAGCCAUGGAUUUUGUAUCCAAGAUUAAGACCCUUGAUGCUUACUUUGAUGAUCAGUCCAUCCAACGGCUAGCUCAACGAGUACGAGACAAUUUAGAAUCCUAAAUGAAAUUAUAUAAUGUUUUUCCUUUUUGUAGAUUUGUGGGUUUUUGUAUUGAGAUUUACAUUUCAUUUUCACUUAAUAAAAUAAAGCACAACUUUGAAUCAA